CCGGGGAGCUGCCGGGGGCGCGUUCAGGGACACCCCUCCCCCGACAAACGCCCCUCGGAGCCAAGGCAGCCCCCCUCGAUUCCCCGGGGUCUGGCCAAAUUGGGGAGCAGCGCGCCGAGGCCCAUCUGUCUUUCUUCCGGCUUUCGUUCAGGACAUUGGAAGAGUCCAAUGGCCAGAUUACUGCAGGUCCCACCCAAGUUCCUGACCCCAGAGUGGCACAUCGCUAACAAGCACCAGUAUAAUGGUGCGGAGUCUCAGAGGUGUAGAUCUGAACGCCUCGUAGCGGAGAGUCAGAGGCUGGUGGAUGAGAUCGAAAAGACAACUCGGAGAAGUCAAAGUGAUGUCAACAAGAAAAUAGAGCAGAGACUCGAGGAAAUAAAGUUCUGGAAGAAAGAGUUAGACGACAAACUUGAGCAGCUCGUGAACGAGACAGAGGUGCUGCUGAAUUUUAAGACGAGAUUGGAGAAAGCCUUUGAGAAUUGUAAAGAAUCCUUGUUCAUUGCUCAGCAGUGCCUGACAUACAGGGAGAAGCGAGUGGGAAUUGACCUUGUCCAUGACGAGGUGGAGCGAGAGCUGAUAAAAGAAGUUGAAGUCCUGCAGGCGGUGAUGAGCCUGUUGGAUCGCACCCUGGAACAAACAUCGGAGCAGAUCAGGUUGAACCGAGCAGCUAAAUACAAUCUCGAAAUGGAUCUGAAGGACAAGUUUACGGCUCUCUCCAUCGAUGACUUUUGCUCCUCCCUCACAAACAACACCCCCGACAUCCAUUACGCAUCGAACACAGUGAAGAUUGAGCCAAAUUCUGUGAGUUUUGAGGAUUGGGUAGAAUUCUCCGAUAUAAACGUCCAGAAAGCUGACAAGCAACGAAACAACUCUUUGACCCUCGAGGCUUUGAUCGACAGAAUCCUCUCCCAGACGACACAUGAUUUGCGUAAACAACUGGACACAGUAAAUGUUGCUUUUAAGAACAGAGUGAAUGAGACAAAAGAUGCAAAGAAUAAACUGGUGAUCCACCUUGCCAAGGUGAUGGAUGAAAUAGGGUCUCAGGAGAGAAACAUCGAGGCCCUGCGGAAGGCGAUGGCGGACAAAGAGGGCCCCUUGCAAGUAGCCCAAACCCGGCUGGAGGCCCGGACUGGCCGGCCCAACGUGGAGCUGUGCCGCGAUGCUGUCCAGUUCAGGCUCAUCCGCGAGGCCCAGGAACUCACCCACAACAUAAACAGAUUAAAGGAGACACUGGCUCAGGCCGAGGUUGAGCUGAAGGGCCUAAACCGCAGGCAACUUUUACUGGAAGAAGAGAUCCAGGUCAAGGAGAACACACUCUACAUCGAUGAGGUGUUGUGCAUGCAGAUGAGGGAGUCCAUGUCUUAUGGCGAUUUCUGAAAAACGCUCCGGUUGCAACCGAAAUCAGGACAAUAAAAAUGGAGAAAUUAUUA